UCGCUGACACAAUCUGACCGAAACCAAGCACGAACAAUAACGAAUGAAACUUCUGGGUCGUACUCGUACCAAUCUCUUUAUCGUUAAGAAAAUACAAAACGGUGCCAGAUUUUUCAUAAAUCAAAGCCAUCUUUUUCGAAAUUGAAGAGAUUCAUUUGUCAACAGAGAUUUUCUCUAUCCGAGUUAGCUUUCUGCUUCUGCAAUGUCUUCACCUGCUGAAUACUAUAACUCUCUUCCACCUAUAAGCAAGGUUUAUGGGACUCUGUGCCUGCUUUUUACAGUGGCCAUUCAGCUUGGAGUAUUUGAUUUGUUCCAUAUUGCAUUGAUAUAUAAACUAGCAUUGACACGUUUUCAGGUAUGGAGGCUUAUUACGAAUUUCUUUUUUCUGGGAAAAUUUUCUAUCAAUUUUGGUAUUCGUCUCUUGAUGAUAGCAAGGUACGGUGUUCAACUUGAGAAGGGACCUUUUGAUAGGCGUACAGCAGAUUUCUUGUGGAUGAUGAUCUUUGGAGCCCUUUCAAUGCUGGUACUAGCUGCCAUCCCUUUAUUUUAUACACCUUUCUUGGGAAUAUCACUUGUGUUCAUGCUUGUCUACGUAUGGAGUAGAGAAUUCCCAAAUGCUCAGAUCAACAUAUAUGGUCUUGUGACUCUUAAGGCCUUUUAUCUACCGUGGGCAAUGCUUGCAUUGGAUGUCAUUUUUGGUUCACAUAUUAUGCCAGAUUUGCUGGGAAUCAUUGCUGGGCAUCUUUAUUACUUUUUGACUGUGUUGCAUCCACUUGCAACUGGAAAGACAUUAUUGAAAACUCCAAGAUGGGUACAUAAACUGGUUGCAAGGUAUAGAAUAGGAGCUCCAGCCCCAACAAACAAUCGAGCUGCUCAACCCGAAAGACCUACUGGUGCGGCUUUCAGUGGAAGAUCUCACAGACUAAGUGAUUAGUUAUGCUCCUCACCUGUUUCUAGAUGGUUGACGUAUUACCUCAACUUUGUCACAAGUUGUUUUAGAUGAUGCAGCUAACAAAGAGCGAAGUGCUCGAUUAUCAUAGAAGGGAUUUAAGUGACGGUUCUGAAUGCAAAAAUAUUUUGUUUUUCUUUUCUCUGAAAGCUUCACAUUUUUCUUAACUUGGAUUUUCAAGGAUUAUUUAAUUGUUGUAUAAUUGAAGGGAAAGGACAAGUAAAUGGUUGAUAGCAAUGAAAGUUCUUGUUCUCCAUCUUUA